UCAGUCAGUGACGUGGAUUUUCAUUGAGACGGGACAAUAAUUCCUCACCAACAUUUCGCAGGCUUUUUCCACACAAACUUUCUGCCUUUUAUGAGCUGUCGUCUUCGUUUGCAACCCAGCUGAGCACAGGUUUGUUGCAGCUUUUAAACCGGAGUUUGUGUCAUAUACCAGAACAAACAUGAGUAAAAACAGCAAAGCGCUGAACCUGAAGGACAAGAUCAACGGGAAUGAAGUGGAUCUGAGUCUAAGUAAUCUGACCGAGGUACCGGUCAGAGAGCUGUCGUUAUUUCCCAAAGCAACUGUUCUGGACAUGUCUUGUAACAACAUCAUUUUCCUUCCUCUGGAGUUCUGCAGCCUGACUCACCUUAUCAGGGUGGACCUGAGCAAAAACCAACUGACCAGUUUACCAGAUGACCUUGGGAACCUGAGCAAUCUUCAACACCUGGAUCUGUACAACAACAAACUGACUUCACUGCCUGUCAGCUUCUCUCAGCUCAGGAGUCUGAAGUGGUUGGAUCUGAAGGACAACCCUCUGGAGCCCGACCUUGCUAAGGCAGCAGGAGACUGUCUGGACGAGAAGCAGUGCAAACAGUGUGCUGCUAAGGUUCUACAGUAUAUGAGCGUCAUUCAGGAGGAGGUAGAUCGGGCACGAGAGAAGCGUCUGUUGAGGGAAAAAGAGCUAGAAAAGAAAAGAGAGGCAAAGCAGAGAGAGCGGGAGGCCAAAGAGAAGGAGGCUCGAAAACAACAGAAGGCAGAGGAGAAGGAGAGGAGGAGGAAAGAAUACAACGCAAAUCAGAUGGCAGCUUUGGCUGCACAGGAGCAACAGAAGAGAAAGAACGAGCAAAGAAAGAGGAAGAACGGACAAGCCGCAGAUAAGAAAGUCGUCAUGAAAACAGGGAGUAAACCGCAGCGUUCCCUGAUCGGCCUCCUAUUCAGAUUCUUCCUGCUGGUGCUGCUGGGAUUAGCUGCAGUGGGAGCGGUCUGUCGAAUGACUGACCUGCAGAAGGAGGCAGUGUGUGUUCCUGUUAACCUAGCUGUGAACGACGGCCUGUCGUGGGCCGGAGAGCAAGAGGUUGUGGUCAGACAACUGUGGAAAAGUCUGUCCUCCACCGUGAAGGCGUUUUUUGAAUCCAAACCAUUGCAAAGCUAAAACCUCUGUUCAAGGAAACUCAGACUUGCAGGUAUCUCAGCCACACCUGUGAAUCCCUCAUUUCCUUUCUUUUUUAAUAUCUUAUAAUUUUUCUCAUCAAGAUCUGUGUCUCCUCACCCUGUUUGUGGUGCAGAGAGCUGAAGUGUCUGUGCAGAUAGACGAAAAGGGGAACGGACUAAUGUGUUCCAAUCAUCUAAAAAUUCCUAUGGAAUUGUCGUUGUGCACGUUUCCCUAUUUUUUUUCUACUACAACCUGUAUGUUAAUGUCAGGGGCCCUGUCUGUGCUGCACUGCAGUGUUGAGAUAGUCACACUGCACAGAGUGUGACUACACCAACUCCAACCCUCAGAUGUCUUAAAAAUAGUGUAAUUGCAGCUCAUUUCUACCCAACUCACAGCCCGACAAAAUUGUAAGCAGAAUUUAUCUUUACAACCCAGAUGCCAAAGAUGUCGGGUCAUUUGUAAGCCAGUGUUGGAAAUGCAUGGUCUUGUAUAAAAUGUCCUGACUGUGUCACAUGGAAUGAAAUGAACAAACCUAAAUUUAAAAGAAAUAAAAUAAAGCUUGAACAUGUGUUUGUUUAUUUUAGGGCUGCUACAAAUACAUUCUUUAAGUAAUCGAUGUUAAAUCUGCAACAGCUCACUGGUCUUACUGUGGAUCCAAAAGAAACAUGACGACAAGCUAAAGUCACAAACACCAGCCAGGCUUCCAAUGCCCACCAUGUCUACUUCCAUGGUUUUGCAUGGCUUGACUACAAUUUUUCUACUGUUCCUUUCCUUAAUCCUUCAAAUGUUGUUCCUUCAGUGGUUGACUGAUCAACCUGACCACGAGGCUUACAACCUGCAACAAACUUUUAAAAUGAAGUUGUGAUGUUUUUUGUCAAUAAACCUUCAAAUCAAAACAGGUUACAGGUUAAUUAACCUAUUCUCUGCUGCUCACUUUGUUUUUGUGAGUGUUGGUUUGUGUACGGCCUUGUCUUGGCCCAAAACAUCAUUAAUGCCAUUAAAUGGCUCUGCACAGCA